GUGACGGUGAGGGAGGCCGACAUCCACCAGCAGAACCCGCCCAAAUUCGACAAGAUCGAGGACAUGGCCAUGCUGACUUUUCUGCACGAACCGGCCGUGCUCUACAAUUUGAAGGAGCGCUACGCCUCCUGGAUGAUCUAUACUUAUUCAGGCCUCUUCUGCGUGACGGUCAACCCAUACAAAUGGCUCCCCGUCUACAACGCUGAGGUUGUGUCUGCCUACAGGGGGAAAAAGAGAAGCGAAGCCCCUCCCCAUAUUUUCUCGAUCUCCGACAACGCGUAUCAAUACAUGUUGACAGAUCGAGAAAAUCAAUCUGUCCUCAUCACUGGAGAAUCCGGUGCUGGGAAAACGGUCAACACGAAACGGGUCAUCCAAUACUUUGCCAGCAUCGCUGCCAUUGGGGACCGCAAAAAAGAGGCUGCCAAUUCCCCCAAGGGGACGUUGGAAGAUCAAAUUAUCCAGGCUAACCCUGCCUUAGAAGCCUUCGGCAACGCCAAAACUUUGAGGAACGACAAUUCUUCUCGAUUCGGUAAAUUCAUCCGAAUUCAUUUCGGGGCAACAGGCAAGUUGGCGUCUGCUGAUAUCGAGACGUAUCUCUUAGAGAAGUCUCGGGUGAUUUUUCAGCUGAAAUCUGAGAGAAAUUAUCACAUCUUCUAUCAGAUCUUGUCCAACAAGAAGCCAGAACUUCUCGAUCUUCUGUUGGUCACCAACAACCCUUACGACUACCACUACAUCUCCCAAGGAGAAGUAACGGUGGCCUCCAUUGAUGACUCUGAAGAGCUAAUGGCUACCGAUAGUGCCUUUGACGUCCUGGGCUUCACCCCUGAGGAAAAAGUGGGUGUCUACAAGCUGACGGGCGCCAUCAUGCAUUACGGGAACAUGAAGUUCAAGCAGAAGCAGCGUGAAGAACAGGCUGAGACUGAUGGGACUGAAGAUGCAGAUAAAUCCGCCUACUUGAUGGGUCUCAACUCGGCCGACUUGGUCAAGGGGCUGUGUCACCCCCGAGUGAAGGUUGGCAAUGAAUAUGUCACCAAAGGGCAAAAUGUCCAACAGGUGUAUUAUUCCAUCGGGGCCCUGGCCAAGUCCGUGUAUGAGAAAAUGUUCCACUGGAUGGUGGUCAGAAUCAACAACACUUUGGAGACCAAGCAGCCUCGGCAGUAUUUCAUCGGCGUGUUGGACAUAGCAGGAUUUGAGAUCUUUGACUUCAACAGCUUUGAGCAGCUCUGCAUCAACUUCACCAACGAGAAGCUGCAGCAGUUCUUCAACCAUCACAUGUUCGUGCUGGAACAAGAGGAGUACAAGAAGGAGGGCAUCGAAUGGGUCUUCAUUGACUUCGGCAUGGACCUCCAAGCCUGCAUUGACCUCAUUGAGAAGCCUCUGGGCAUCAUGUCCAUCCUGGAAGAAGAAUGCAUGUUCCCCAAAGCCAGCGACAUGACCUUCAAGGCCAAACUCUACGAUAACCACCUGGGCAAGUCCUCCAACUUCGGCAAAGCCCGGAACACCAAGGGGAAACCGGAGGCGCAUUUUGCCCUGGUCCACUACGCUGGCACGGUGGACUACAACAUCAACGGGUGGUUGGAGAAGAACAAGGACCCUCUCAACGAGACCGUGGUGGGCCUCUUCCAGAAGUCGGCCCUGAAGCUCCUGGCCACGCUCUUCUCCAGCUACGCUGGCAGCGAAGUGGGCGGAGAAGGCGGGAAGGGCAAAGGAUCCAAGAAAAAAGGCUCCUCCUUCCAGACGGUCUCAGCGCUUCACCGGGAGAACCUCAACAAAUUGAUGGCCAACCUCAAGACCACUCACCCUCAUUUCGUGCGGUGCCUCAUCCCCAACGAGCGAAAGGCCCCCGGUGUGAUGGACAACCCUUUGGUCAUGCACCAGUUACGUUGCAACGGCGUUCUGGAGGGAAUCCGGAUCUGUCGGAAAGGAUUCCCCAACCGGAUCCUGUACGGGGAUUUCAGGCAAAGGUACCGGAUCCUGAACCCGGCGGCCAUUCCGGAGGGCCAGUUCAUCGACAGCCGGAAGGGAGCGGAGAAACUUCUAGGCUCCCUGGACAUCGACCACAACCAGUACAAAUUUGGACACACCAAGGUGUUUUUCAAGGCAGGGUUAUUAGGUCACCUGGAGGAAUUACGAGAUGAACGGUUGUCCAGGAUUAUCACCCGCAUCCAAGCCCGGGCAAGAGGCCAACUCAUGCGCAUUGAGUUCCGGAAGAUCAUGGAGCGGAGGGACGCCUUGCUCAUUAUCCAGUACAACAUCCGGGCUUUCAUGGGCGUGAAAAAUUGGCCUUGGAUGAAACUGUUCUUCAAGAUCAAACCUUUGCUGAAGAGCGCGGAAACCGAGAAAGAAAUGCAGACGAUGAAAGAGGAAUUCGGGAGGCUGAAGGAAGCUUUGGAGAAGUCAGAAACCCGGAGAAAGGAGCUGGAGGAGAAGAUGGUUUCGUUGCUCCAGGAGAAGAACGACCUCCAGUUGCAAGUCCAAGCGGAGCAAGACAAUCUGAACGAUGCCGAGGAACGCUGCGACCAGCUGAUCAAGAACAAGAUCCAGCUGGAGGCCAAAGUGAAAGAGAUGACCGAGCGGAUCGAAGACGAAGAGGAGAUGAACGCCGAGCUGACCGCCAAGAAGCGGAAGCUGGAAGACGAAUGUUCGGAACUCAAGAAGAAAAGGAAAAAGACCCUCCUCCCCUUUGACAGCUAA